UGCACUCUCUGUCAACACAGAGUGCCUCGGAGAACUUGCUACACACUUUCUCUCUCGAUUUGCCACUCUCUUUCUCGGCUUAGCUCCACAAGUGGCUGUUCAAGAAUGAUGCGGCCAAAAGAUUUACGCCAGGGCUCUGGCACCAAGACUUUCCUAGAUGCCAUGCACGGUGGUAAAGUCCACCUGGCGCGCUUCAUCCUGGACGCCUUGGAUGGGCGCAUUAUCAACUCCAAGACGGAAAACAGCCGCACCCCGCUCAUGUACGCCGUCUGCCUCCAAGACCAGGGGACCAGAGCUAAGUUCACCCGGCUGCUGCUGGAGAAAGGGGCAGAUGUCAACUGCCAGGAUGAGGACGGUCGCACAGCCCUGAGCCACGCCUGCGAGAUGGGUCACCUGGACGUGGUCAAACUUCUAGUGCAGUUCAAUGCUGACCCGGAUGUCUCUGAUGCCUGGGGUAACAGCUCUCUCAUGUAUGCUGCAUUUUCUGGCCACAGCCAAGUCCUGGAGUUCCUGGUCAGGGCUUUUAAGAGACUGGGACUGAGGUUGGACAGGACCAAUAAUGCCGGUCACUCAGCCAUCGAAGUAGCCAACUUCUUUGGGCACAACCAGUGUGUCCAGAUUCUGAACUUUCCUUGCCGGAGGAGUCUUGGCACAGACGAUCCGUUUGUUGACGCGGGUACCACUGUUGAAGGUGAGUGCCGUCUGCCCAACAGGCUCCCCAGGCAUGUUCUGGAGAGGUUCUCAAAGCAGUUGAAUAAUGAAGACCAGCUGCCUGGGCUAUUUCAGAGACAGCUGAAGAUUACAGACAACAACGGACUUUGGAACCGGUUCAGAUGUCCUCGCAGUCAGUCUCAAGAGGACAACCAUCCCCACAGUUGGGCUCUGCCUCCUCAGCUAGAGAAAAGCCAGACUGAAGGGGAUCACAGCAUUCUCUUCACUGCCAAACAACUGCAAAACUGCCAGCUUAGGGAGCUAAGGGGGGCUAAAACACUGAACUCUCUUCCUGAGCCAAGCCAGAAAGAUGUCAGCCGAGACACGAGACUCCCAGAGCAAACACCAGAGAGUUUUCCUCUCUGGGGAAAGGCAAAGUCAUUUAACCUGGACCUUCUGAGCAGCAGAAAGCAGUCCUAUCAGGGUGAUGUGCGUGACAUGAGCCUGUCAGCCAGCAAAUUAAAGAGAGCCUCGCUUCAGGAUGAGAGAUGCCUGAUAGACAAGAUGGAAUGUCAAGGGAACACCCGGGGCCUGACAAACGAUGCUGACAAAAUUGUCUCAGUGCCAAAACCUCUUUUAAACGGCAAGAGCCAACCGGUGAGAGCACUCGAGGACAAUGUCAAAUUGCAGAACGAAGAGGCUAAUGACAUGCCUGCAUCGAGCAGAAGAGAGCAGCAGAAGAGGGGCAGCUUCGGCCCGACCAGCAGACACAACAAACUACUUUUUGCCAGGGAGGAGAUGGAGUCAGGGAAGCUCCCCAGCCGCACCCCCGGGUUCAUGGGGCUGGGGACCAGACUGCUGCGUCGAUUCACCGCUCCAGAGUUUAUGAGGAUGGUGAUAGACUGCUCGUCAGGCUCCUCAAACGGCAGAGGUCGGAUGUCCCGCUCCGAAACCUUCCCUCUGUCACACACACAUCAGCAGGUCAACAGUCAGCCGAGCGUCGACAGCAUCAGCGGAGUGAAGUGUGAAUUUGAAAGCUGCUCGUCUCAGUCCACCCUCAAUUAGGAUGAGGACAAUAUCAAACAACAGAAAUGGAUGGUAGUGUUGUUUUUACAACACAUGAAAUUCUUACAUGUAAUUAUUUGUAGCCUAUAUAGGGGAGAAAUAACAAUCCCUUGCUUUUGUGCACUUAGUUUUUUCAGUAUUUAUUGAUUUAAAAACGAGGUGUAAAGCUGUUCAGUUGUAAAAGGCUGCAUACAAUUUUGCUAUCUCAUAUUUUAAAUUAUUUAUAGAUUAAUAUAUUAACAGUCUGUGAGCUACUAAAGUGAAUGUUUUCUUUCACAUAUAAAAGAUUUAUAUUACAUGGAAUUAAAUGUCUUUGAUAUUGCUUCUGUGUUUAUAAGAAAAAAUGUAUUUUGCUUAAAGAUAUUCAGUGACUGUGCAAUCAUGCUAAAUAAAUACUUUAAAACAUA